UACAAAAUUUGUUAAGCUGCGUACAGCAAAUGAAAUAAUAAUUAAUACUAAUAAUGACUGAAGAAGAUAAAGCUAACUGGGUUUUUGAUACAUUAGUGAAAUUCUUAAAAGGUGCUGUGUGGAAUAUACCCAUUUUAACGUUCAUUGAGCAAAAGUCGAUAGUAUUUGAACCUGAAGGAGGAAAUGAAGAAGAAUACAAAAAAAUUCACCAGGAGUACAAGAAUCUGGUUGACUAUAUGCUUGGAAGUCACAUGGAAGAUAUGAAAAUUACUCCUGAGCAAUUUGAAAAGGCAUGUGGAAGUGUGGGUAAUAACAAUGUUCAAGGUCAGUUUCAUCAGAGUCUGUUUGAACAAGUUUGGGCAGCCGAUGAUUAUGAAAUUUUUAAACGAAUGAUGAUCCAAAAGAAUAUUGAACUGCAGCUCCAGGCUCUAGAAUUACUAGGUCAGCACUAUGGAAUCAAUCUUGAAGAUUCAGAAAAUAUUCCUUCUACCACGGAUGAGGAAGAGAUCAUGGAAGAAGUAAUGAAGAAAUCUUUAGAAGAAUAUAAAAAAGAAAAGGAAAAAGAAGACCAAGAAACUAAGGACCUUGAACAAGCUAUUAGAGAAACUAUGUUGGAUAAAUCUCGUCUUGAAAAAGAAAUGGGGAAGGAGAAAGAACUGCUUGAUUUGGCUAUUAAGUUGUCACUUAGUGAUGUGGAUUCUACUAAUAGGAACAGAACUGUUUAUGCUAUUGUUGAACCUCCAGUAAUACAUCAAGAGAAAUCUUCUCUGGCAGAGUGUGACAAAAAUACUUCGAAUGGAAUCGGUAGUACCAGUGGUAGAACUCAACCUUCAAUUAUACAUCAGGAUAAAUCAUCUUAUGCUGAGGAUGUAAAAACAAGACAGGAGUAUCUUCGAAAACAGAGAGAUCGCUUGCUAGCUUUAAAGCGUCAGGAGCGAGAAAAGCGUCUUAGUGACUACGAGAAAAUAUCUCCUAAUAAACGUCCAAAAUCUUCGAGAGCAGCUCGUAGCAUCGUGAAACAGGAGCUUCAAUCUUUUACAAUAGACCCAGAAACACUGGCUUUUCGAAAAUCUCUAGCUGCUUGCCUGAAGACUGAAGUAAUAGGUAAGAGCAUCAGUGGUGAAAUAUCCAUUUUUGUAUAACUGAAACUGUUUAAAAAAUAUUCCAUAUUUUGGGAAAUUUUUAAAAAGCAGUGAACUUAUCAGUUGAACAUAUACUAGAAACUACAUACUACUAAGUUCUAAUUUCAGAACAUGUUAAACCCAAUUUAGAUCACAGGCAAAAUUGAGCCUGACAUGUUACUUUUUAAGCUUGACCAGUCACGGAACUGUAAUGAUGCUUCAUGGGAUAGUUGCAGUGUCCUCCUUAAUUUUGAGUUGGGGGGGUACCUUUGUAACUAUCACACGUAACAGAGAUAUUUCUGCAUUUCAUUGCCUUGUUUCUGAAUGAUAAGCUGCAGAGUGAAUAAGCUUAGUGGUUGCAAGUUUCAUUACUUUUUGAGAAAGAUUCAUUGUGAUCUUCGAGGAGAGAAGACUUAUUUCUGUCCUGAAGGAGCCAAGACUUGCUGGUGGAGUUUUGUGUCUUGAUAUUUUAUUUGUCCCUUCUGUUGAUCUUGUGAGUUAAUUUUACAUUAAUCUUUAAAUACAAUUUAUUAUACCUUUCUUCUCCUGACCUUAUCAUAAUGCACAAUUACCCAACCAUCAGACUUCAACACCAUGUCUUGUCUGUUUCUAUCCACUUGCAACAAAUUACUACACUUUUCCUUCCACAUAUUAAGUGCAUGAACCUCUCAUUUGUUGGAGAUCAGGUAACUGUGUGGAGGUAUAUCCUUGAAUUACUACGUUUGUAUCAAGGUAAGUUAAUCUAACUAAGUUAAGCUAACUGUUUCUUCGGUUCUUAAAUAAAGGAAUUUAAUUUCAUGUAAUGUUUGAAAAAGUUAAUUUGUAACAAAGAAAGUAUUUUUUCAGUUAUAAGAUGUACCGUUUAGGGGUUCAUGUUGUAAACAUGUUAGUGUAAAAUAUGUAUUCUUAAUUCUAUUUGUUGAUGUUCAGUCAUUCUUUUGUAAGUAAUACUAAGCCUGUAUUGUUUGCUUUCAUGCCAAAUGGUAACCACUUUCACUCAGUCCGGGUAUUCACUGUUUGCUCUCUCCUGAAGGUUGUUUAUAUAAACUAAGACCAGUUUACAGUUACAACUAGAAAUAAGCUAACGUUUACAGUAUUUAAUAGUUAUUAAUAAAAUUCUCUAUAAUUAGCAGAACACUAUUGCAUCCUCACUGCUAUAAACAUUUAAUUUUUCAUAUAUAAGUACAUUGGUACAGCACCUUGCUAGAUUAUUCAUGCUCAUUGUAAUGAUAAUUACUAUGAAAAAAUCUCCACAGCAGUUUGUUUCAAAAUAAAUUAGCAUUCAGUUUUUUCUUAAUAGUCUGUGAGUAUAAUCCUGUAAUGUUAGAACACACAUUAUGCAUUGAUUAUAAUCAUUAGUGAAGAUAAUAUGGGAAUUAAUGAUUAUAUAUAAGCUCAUAACAAAAGUAAAAUAAUGAAAAUAAGUUAGCUCUUUUUUUAUAGAAAUUUUUACCUUCCUUGUAUAGACUUGCUGUAAUUAAUAUAGACAUUGGUUUUACUGGCCACAUUUCUGCAAGUAUGUAGAGCAUGAUAGUUUGUCUGAGAAAAACAACAUUAGUUGUUAAAGUUCUGUCUUUCCUUAUAUAGUGUUCUUGAUCCUGCUGAUCACGUCUAUCUAAAUUCAACCUCUACUGUACAGUAUAACAGUCUGACUACUAGUUCAUUAGCUUCCUGUCACCCAGUACUUCUAGUUUAUCUUGUUCAUACUUCAACACUUGUUUAAUCUCAUCUGUAACAAAUUUCUAAAUCUAUCAUUCUGUAUAUUAGAACCACAAACCUAUUGUUUUUGAAAAGAUUGACUGACUGUGAGGUAGAUUUAUCACCAAAUUACUACACAAGCUGCUAAACUGACCACCUAUACAUAUGAAUAAAACAGAAUACUAAGAUUUAAGAAAGAUAACAGUAAAGUAAAAACACUGAAGCAUAAAAAACAUAAUUGUGCCAAAACAUUUUUCCAAAUCCAACCAUCCCUAGACAGACUUAAACAUUAAGACAAGUCUAUUGCUGCAUAGUUAAAUCGAAAUGAAGAGAAAGGUAUUCCUUAAAAUAAUUGUCACUUCUCAUAAAGAAUUUUAACAUUGUUAUUUCAAGCCACACUACCAAUUCAUAUUUCUUCAUUUUUGUUUAGGUCUAAAAAGAGAUUUAUUGCCAAAGCAUUUCACAUUUAAGAUAAUAGUGAGUUGUAAGAAUAGAAUGCAAUAGUUCUGCAAAUACACUUUUGACUACUGCAUUUCAAUCUAUCUAAUGAGCUUUGAUACUAAGGAUGCCCUUUGAACAGUUUGAUAGGCAUUAGACUGAUCUGAAAUAUUUUUAUCAGACUAGUUUGAAAUUUAAAGGACCCCGUGCUAGAAAAACAAACAAACUGCACACUAAUAUCAUAAACAUCACAUUUUUAGGCCUUGACAAAACUAGCAUUUAUAACAUUAAUCAUGUAAUAAAUUAAACAGUUUGGUAUGUGGAUUUAUUGAAAAAAAAAAAGCUUCUCUUGAAAGCCUAUAAUCUUGUGGUAGGAACUUGAGUAACAGUAAAAAAUUUCAGAUUUUACUGACAUGGUUGAGAUGCCUUGCAUAUAGUAGUAAAUUUCGUCAUUAAAAUAUACAUUUAGUAUACGUGUGUGUGUGUCUAUAUAUAUAGUUUAUUGCAUUCCGUUUUUGGUUUGUAUUGUACUG